GAUCAACAUGGGAUUAACAUGGGAUGAAAACAGGCACGGUGGUGAGUCCACAUGGGAUUAACAUGGGAUCAUCAUGGGAUGGGUGGUAAAUCAACAUGGGAUUAACAUGGGAUUGACAUGGGAUGAAAACAGGCACAGUGGUGAAUCAACAUGGGAUUAACAUGGGAUCAACAUGGGGUUAACAUGGGAUUAACAUGGGAUCAACAUGGAAUUAACAUGGGAUGAAAACAGGCACGGUGGUGAAUCAACAUGGGAUCAUCAUGGGAUUAACAUGGGAUGGGGACAGGCACGAUGGUGAAUCAACAUGGGAUUAACAUGGGAUCAUCAUGGGAUGAAAACAGGCACGGUGGUGAAUCAACACGGGAUUAACACGGCACGAACAUGGGAAGAACAUGGGAUGGGCACAGGGUUAACAUGGGAUUAACACGGGAUGAAAACUGGCACGUUGGUGAAUCAACAUGGGAUUAACAUGGGAUUGACACGGGAUUAACAUGGGAUGAAGUGCUGACUUGUCAAUGCAACACAUGUGAGCAGCGUGCAAGGAACACGGGAUGCACGUGGGGUGGUCACGUGACCAGCAGGCAGCUAACAUGGCUUGGACAUGGGGUGGUCAUGUGACCACACGGGAUGGACAUGGGAUUAACAUGGGACGGAGAUGAGUACAGCAGUGGAUCAACAUGGGAUGGACAUGGGAUGAACAUGGGAUGAACAUUGGAUUAACACGGGACGGAGAUGAGUACAGCAGUGGAUCAACACGGGAUGGACAUGGGAUGAACACGGGAUGAACAUGGGAUGAACAUGGGACGGAGAUGAGUACAGCAGUGGAUCAACAUGGGAUGAACAUGGGAUGGACAUGGGAUGAACAUGGGAUGAACAUGGGAUGAACAUGGGACGGAGAUGAGUACAGCAGUGGAUCAACACGGGAUGGACAUGGGAUGAACAUGGGAUGAACACGGGAUGAACACGGGAUGGAAAUGAAUACAGCAGUGAAUCCACAUGAGACCAACGUGGGGUUAACAUGGAUUUAACAUGGGAUGGACACGGGAUUAACAUGAGAUGAACACGGGAUGGAGGCGAGUACAGCAGUGAAUCCAACAUGGAAUUAACAUGGGAUGAACACGGGAUGGACACGGGACAGGAAUGAGUUCAGCAGCGAAUCAACACGGGAUUAACAUGGGAUCUACAUGGGACAGAAAUGAUUACAGCAGUGAAUCAACAUGGGAUCAACACGGGAUUAACAUGGGAUGGAGAUGAGGACAGCAGGGAAUCAACAUGAGAUUAACACGGGAUCUACAUGGGAUGGACACAGGUAGAGCAGCAAAGCAACAUGGGAUCAACACGGGGUUGACAUGGGCUCUACAUAGGAUGGACAUGGGAUGGACAUGGGAGGAACAUGGAAGCAACAUGGGAUUAACAUGAGAUGGACACGGGAUCAACAUGGGAUGGACACGGGUAGAGCAGCAAAGCAACAUGGGAUCAACACGGGAUUGUCAUGGGAUUUACACACGAUCUACAUGGGAUGGACACGGGUAGAGCAGCAAAGCAACACGGGAUCAACAUGGGAUGAACGUGGGAUGGACACAAGUAGAGCAGCAAAGCAACAUGGGAUCAACACGAGAUGGGCACAGGAUCUACACGGGAUCUACAUGGGAUCAACACAGGAUGGACACGGGAUCGACAUGGGACGGACACAGGAUGGACAUGGGAUCAACCCGGGAUGGGCACGGGAUCUACAUGGGAUCGACACGGGAUGGACAUGGGAUCAACAUGGGAUGGACACAGGAUGGACAUGGGAUCUACACGGGAUGGGCACAGGAUCGACACGGGAUCUACAUGGGAUCGACACGGGACGGACACAGGAUGGACAUGGGAUCUACACGGGAUGGGCACGGGAUCUACAUGGGAUCAACACAGGACGGACACGGGAUCGACACGGGACGGACAAAGGAUGGACAAGGGAUGAACACACGAUAAACACGUGAUGAACACGUGACAAACACAUGACAGACGCAAGGGCACAGUGCUAUUCCACCACAGGGGCCGACACGCUAAGAACACGCCAAGAACACGCCAAGAACAUGUCAAGAACACGCCGAGAAGCCGCCACGAAUCCCAGCUGCCUUCCACGCCAGCGGCUCUUCCACGCACGAUCCCGCGACCUUUUCCUUCACGCCACGCGUGUCCUUAGCGUGUGCUAAGCGUGUUCUAAGCGUGUUCGGUAGCCAAACGCGGCGCUAAAGCUUUCAGAAGGGAGCGGAGGUGCCGGGCUCCGGCUUGAGCAGCUUCCAGAACUUCUUGGUGACCUUUUGGACCUUCAUCCGUGUCACCAGAACCGUCCUCAGCCGUGCCAGGAGCCGUGUUGGUGAUGAGGGAAAGGCCAAGGAGUCUCAAACCGCAAUGGCGGGCCGCCACCGCCUCGGAAACCGUGCUCAUGCCUGGAGGGAGGAAGGGAACACGCUAAGGACACGCUAAGGACACGCUAAGGACACGCUAAGGGGAGGAGAAGCGCAGGCAAAGGGGGGAUUUUCCCCCCAAAGUGGCCCCGAAGUUCACCAAAUAUCCCCGAGUUUCACCCAAAAUAUACAGGAUUUUUCCCCAAAUUUCCACCAAGUCCACCCCAAAAUUCCCCAGAUUCACCCCAAAAAUCCCCAGA